UAAAUUUUUCAGUACUUAUUACUAUUAAAAUUUGUGAAUUUUUCAGUAUUUAUUACUAUUAAGAUGGUUUUAUUGGACAAUCAGAAAGUUUACGAUGUUGCUAUAGUCGUAGAGGCAACUUCAGGCGCCGCUGAUUAUUAUGAAACUAUGAGGACGUCGUACCUGCUGCCGAUCUUGGAAUUUUUUAAUGGUCACAGUAUAGAUGAACCAGUCUAUGGAUAUUGUUGCAACAGCUCUCUGUACAGUUUGAUAACUUACAAAGGUAAUGACCAUCCAUUCAGUAAUAUGAGCACUUGCUCUUCCCCCACAUACAACUGCCACGAAUUUGCUCAGACGCUGAAUCAAAUCAGUUUUUCAGGUGGUAUGCUGGAUCCACAUUCCUUCAUCGCCGAGGGGCUGGCCACAGCUUUGAGUCUGUUUGAGGAUAUUGAUCUCAUCAGGAAGAACAGGGUAAAGGCUGAAAAGCAUCUCAUUUUGUACUGCAGCAACGGUCCUUACCAAUUUCCAUGCCUCGGUCAUUACAAAUAUCUCAACAAAACCACGGAACAACUUGUCAACCUUCUGGCUGAGAGCAACAUACAUUUUUCCAUCAUAUCCACUAGAAAGAUCCAUUCACUGGUGAAGCUUUUUGAAUUGGGCCAACCAGACCCCUCGUGUCUAACUAAGAACUACGCGUCAGAUUCCACGCAUCUCGUCCUCCUGAAUGACAUCAACAUAACUGAAUGUCCCCUGAGCCCCAGUGCAAAGUCAUCUGACGAGUCUAACAUGGCAGUCAAGCCAGCCACAACCAUUCCAGCUCCAAAAUCAGUCUGCAUAUCCAUCGUCAGACCUCAGCAAGGCAUGUCCCAGAACAUUUCAGCAAACAAGGAAGCAGUUGAGACAUUUAGCAUCAGGCCAGUUGCUAAUCUGUCGGCAGUUCCACAGCAGCAGCAGCAGAUGUCAGUUCAAGCACCAAAUUCAGUUGCUCCCGUUCACCCUCUUACAUUCACUGGCUCUCCGGCCACACCAACUGCUAUUGCACUAAGAAGAGCAGCUGUGAACCAGCAACAGCAGCAGCAGCAGGCAACAAUGCAGGUUGGGGGGUAUCAAGCGUCUUUAGACCCUCAGAGUCAGUUAAUGCAGCAGCAACAAAUGCAGCAACAACAAAUGCAGCAGCAACAAAUGCAACAGCAACAGAUGCAACAGAUUCAACAAAUGCCACAAAAUCAUCUCCAGCAACAACAAUCAGACUCCUUACUGCAGCAACAACAACAACAGCAGCAACAACAACAACAACAACAGACACAAUCGAACAACCUGACGAAUGUAGAUAUCAACAAUCCUGGUCCUACAUUGGCUCUCGCAGCUCAACAACAACAGCAACAGCAGCAACAAAUUCAGCAGCAACAACGAAUUAUUUGGACUGGUCCACUGGAAUGGACAGAUAAAUUGAAGAACCAGUCAGUUAAGAUAACACGUACCUUACCCUGCCAGAUCAACAUUAAUCAAGAUGAACCAGAAAUAAACACCAGUAAGUGGCCAGAAAAAUUGACAAUGAGCAUAUUUCCGCCAUCUGUCAUCCAGCCAUUGCAGCACUUGUUCAGAAGUUCAAGGACUGUUCUCUUCAAUUUUAACCAAAACUCAGAUACAGAGGCGAUGAACAGUCUCUACAGGUCCCUAUCAAAUAAUUUUAGUGGAUGCAUUCAUUUUUCAACAACUCCUGAAACCUCAAACGACAUCAAAGUGCUGAUGCUUCUCUACAGCAAUCGCAAGCAACAGUUCCUUGGGUUGAUACCUUAUGAUCAGGCAAAUUUUCUAAAAUCAAUCAAAUCGGUCAUUGCCAAACACAAGGUUAUGAAGCCUCAGAACCCUGGAGAGAUGGUAGGCACUUCCGCUCAAUCAAUCAAUCAACCAACUCUUCAACAUCAACAGAUAACGUACCAGCAGAACAUGCAAGAUCCUCGGCAGCAACACAUGCUAGCAAUCCAACAGCAGCAACAACUACAACAACAACAGUUACAACAACAACAAUUGCAACAGCAGCAACAAAUGCAGCAGCAACAUUUGCAGCAGCAACAAAUGCAGCAGCAACAACAAAUGCAGCAACAACGGAUGCAGCAAAUGCCACAAAUGCAUAUCCAAUCUAACAGCCAACCACUCAGAUACCUGCUUCUCAAUCAGCAACGACCUCAACAUCACAUGAUGAACCGGCCGAGAGGUCCUGCAACUACAUUACAACAACAACAACAGCCUGGCGUUCAAACAUUCACCACUAUGGCCACAGAUGACUUUCCUCCAUUUGAUUUAUAAUUUUUUUGUUCAACUUAUAUGAUCAUUAAACGAAACGACCAUACUUUAGAAGUAAUUUUUUGAAUGUAUAUUUUUAUUCCACAACGCGAUAGCUGACCAUUGUAAUGUCCUUCAAAUCGAUUAAUUUGCGGUUUUACUGUUUUGUUUUUAGCAAAAAAAACUCUUUUUUUUAUAAUCAAUCGACCAUGAGAAAUUUUGUAGUGUAACGUUCGGGAGUUAUGUUCGAAAGUUUGAAUGUUAGAUAACACGUCGCUGUACUUUGGUUUAGAGGAAAUAAGGAAAAUUGCAAAAACGUUCAA